AUGAGCCCGACGACAGCCGCGUCGUCUGUGACGGUCGUGAGCCACUCAGGCGAAGAGAGUGUCAACUACUACAGCGCGAUCACGGCCAACAACGUGCUGAGCCUCAACCUCAACUUGCUUCCGGCGAUGCCACUGACGAAUGGCGGCAACCAGACCAUGAACCAGUUCACGCUGCCGUCGCCAACCUGUGCUCUGUGCCAGAACUUACUCGCACAGGCCAACGACGUUUACUGCAUCCAGAACCAGAUUCUGACUCCGUCGUUCCUCUCGCAGACGGUUCGAAACUACCUGCCGGGCUUCACGCGCGACAUUACACAAGCGCUGUUGCAGUGCCAGAACACGACAUCGGCGAAUUCGUGGGCGGACUUUCAGAUCGCAGCGUCGUGCUUUCUCAACUCGGGGUGCCCGCUUGCACCGUUCUUGCCGAAUACGACCAACAUGGCCGUGCUCUACACCAACGACCCGGGCCACACGAUCCUCGUCGCGGCGUCCACGUACGAGCUCCAGCUCCAGAUCGAGUUCAACGGCAUGGCCAUCACACCUCUCUUUACGGAGACGAGUGACGUGGCUGCAAUCAGCAACACGCUCUCGCAGCAGUUUGCCGCGACGGGUGUCGUCCCGAUCGUGUCCAAGAGCUGGAACCCGUCCCAGAACGCAUGGACGAUCCAGAUCGCGUACCAGAAUCUGAUGAGCGCGCUCCCGAUUCUGAGCGUGUACAACCCGAACGCGCAUCCGCAGCCACCGGUCUCGAUAUCGACCAACGUCGCGCCGUACUACGCGGUCGAGGUCCUCCCGUACAACACGUCGUACUUUUCAUCGAUCGCGACGGGCCAAAGCGCAGAGUGCGCCAAGGCUAACGCGCAGCUCUCGGCGCUGAGCAUGACCCACCCCAUGGCUUACGACUGCUUCAAUUUGCCGUCGCUCGCGAAUCAAAUGGCGCAGAAUGCAACGCUGUGGUACAACAAUUCGCAAUGGGACGUCUCGGACGUGGUGGGCAGCUGCCUCACGAGUCUGCCGCCGGCCAGCGCUACGCCGCUCGUCGACGUGCUCCAGAGCUUUAUGGACUCGGGGUGCCCGGUCGCCCAAGUUCGCUCGGGCAACAUUACGCUGUCGCAGCCGUUCUCGUCGCGCCAGCUCAUUCGCGCGCCCCAAGGCUCGUAUGUGAGCAUGUUGGUGUACGUGGGUAACCAGUCGAUCGACCUGGGAAAUGUGGUCGCGUCGACGGAUCCGAUGACCUUGUCCAAGCCGCUGACGACACUGCUUUCGUCGGUCACCGACGGUGUCCGUGUCCAGAUCUACUCGACGCCCGAGUUUGACCCGAUCUCGCAAGAGAUGAGUGUCUACUGGUACAUUCUUCUGCAGUACAAGGACCUUAUUGGGCCAUUGCCGCACCUCGUGCUCUACUCGAACGCGCCGGUCUCGUCGACGAACGUGCCGGCGCCGCUGAAUCUGCAGCUGACGUUUGGUUCUGGGGCGCCACCGCCAGGCCCGACCGCGUCUGGGAUGGGUCUGAUCCCGAUUCCGGCGUGCCAAGCGUGGGCGUUUACGUGCAUGGCCAACUCGUCGGCGAUCUUCGACAACCCGUCCAUUUUGCUCAGUGCCUCGCUCGGCGUCUCGUACGUGGGCUGGCAGCAGUUCACGUCGGCGCUGCGCUGCUACAUGAACACGUCGUGCCCGAUCACAGAGGACGUGAGCUCGACCCGCAUGGUCUCGCUGCAGUCCAACUACGCGACGCAGAUGAUCCAGAUGCAGCGAAACGAGAGCGUGACGCUCUGGUUUUCCGUCAAGGGCAUGACGGUGGGUGCUCUCUACAACGUCGGUGCCUAUGGCUAUGGCUACACGUCGCUCGAGUCGCAGCUUGGGUUUCUGAGCAACUUUACCUCGUCCAUCUCGGCGUACUCGUACACGUCGUCCAUGUCAAACCUCUGGACGCUCGAGCUCACGUCGAAAACUUUGUGGGUUGUACCGUACGACCUCAAGUUCUUCCAAGCGUCAGCAAUCAGGCCACCGUCCAUGGACAUCUUCAUGCCCAACAACAUGUCAACGAUGUGCGACCAGUGCCGUGCGUUCUUGCAGACGUACUGCGGUCCGGAUCCGAUCUGUCUUCAGCUCAUGACCAACUUCCAGCGCAACAUGAACCAAACGGUCCUCAACCUUAUCAACGCCAACAACGGUAGCUCUGUCGAUGUCUCGGACAUCAUCGCGCGCAGCGUGCCGAUGGGGACACCGGCGCGUGCAGUGUCCGUCUUUGGGCUCUACCACUCGUGCCUCUCGUUGUAUCGGUGCCCGCUGGUCAAGAUGCCACCCGGCGCGUCCUUCGCGCCCGUUCUUGUCGCGACCGAAGAAAUGCACAUGGUGAUGAUCUACAACACAUCGGCCAACUUCAACCUCACGUUGACGUACCCGGCUCUCAACGUGACCGUUGACAUCAACAGCGCCACCAUGUCAUUCGAUUUUGGCUUCAUGUCGUCGUUUGACGCCACGUAUGCGCUGGCGUCGCAGUGGAACGCAUCGAUGAACCCGACAGCGUAUCUCGACUGUUCAAAUACGGUGCCGUGCUACUUGGUCAUGUACUUUCCGAACUCGAUUCUGCCGCUGUCGCUACCAAACAUCGCCUCAAACGGGUCCCAUUACUACACGUACAAGCAGACGGCAUCUCAAGUACUCCAGCUCAUUCCUGCCAAUACCACGGUGCAGGACUCGAACGUUGAGAUUGUCCAGAGCCAAAAAGCGACGCAGCGAAAUCUUAACGGGCUCGUCUUCACCACAUCCGCGGGGAUCCUCGCUACGCGGAGCUUCAACGUCUCGUCGUGCUUUACAAAUGUGCCGCUGGCGACGGCGGCCCCGUACCUUGCUGCGUCGAGCUGUCAUGUGUAUUACUCAUGUCCGGUGGAAGCAACGUUGAGCCAGAUUUUGACCGAACGGAGUCUUGUGACCUCGGUGACGGGUGGUUUCCAGAAGAUUCUCGUCUCCGGUGCCCCCACGGCCUACGUGAGCCUUGAGUUCCGCCUCCUUGGUUCCUACCUUGGUCGUAUUGAGAACAUAUCGCUCUACUCGUCGUCGUCCGUGCUCACAGGCCAGCUCCAAGCAAUGCUCAAAUCGUUGAGCAUCGUCGAGGUCUCGACCUCUCAAGAAUCUAGCACGAUGUGGGGCAUCCAGCUACGAUACUACUUGUACCCCGGACCACUGCCGACGAUCACGAUUGUCACGUCAGCGUCAGCGUCAGCGUCUCUUGUCAAUACGCAGGACCCGUCGCUAUACUACGAGGUCGUGCGGCUCAAUGGUGCCCAUUUUGGGUUCCCGUAUCAAGCCUACGGUGCGGGGCCGACACCGGCCCCGAUGUACUACAUGGCGCCGACACCGGCCCCGACAACCAUGCCACCGACACUGGCCCCGACAACCACGUCGCCGACGCCGCUGCCCAUGUACGGCUCCAUCGUGUUUCCGUCGGGGUAA